AUGACAGUUUCUGUUUCUCUAGAUUCUCUACCUGAAGACCUUCUUGUAGAAAUCUCUUCAUGUGUUGCAGCUUCAUCUCUAUCCGAGAUUAGCAAUCUUCGAUUAGUUUCGAAAUCUUUUAAACGUAUCAGCAACGAUCGAUACGUUCUGCGCCGGCUUUCCCUCAAUGAAAUCCCUCUUUUUCCAUGGUUUCGCAACCGUGGAAAAUUUCACAAUUUUAUCAAAAGAUGUCGCAAGAAUGGAAACCCCGAGGCAAUAUACCGUAAAGGACUUGUCGAUUACUUUCAUCGAAAUAGUUCUAAACGCCAACGAGACAAAGGACUCAAACAUAUAGCAAAAGUUGCAAACAAGGGAAAUCAAGAAGCACAAUAUGUUUAUGGAUUGAUCCUAAUUUGUCUUGGUGGCGAAACAAAACAAAAGGGUUUCAAGAUCUUGUCUUCUUUAAGAAAACCUUUGAUGUCAAGUACACUCGAGGAGAUGGAAAAACAUCGGAAAAAGAUCAGAAAUGAGAUGUGGUGGUGCGGCGAACCGAUGAUGAGACAUCUCAAAAGAAGAUAUGUUCGUGUAAAUUGCAAUUGUGAUGGUCGAACAGAUAUUUUCUUUGUAAAGAAUAGUGGUUGGGAUCGUUAUGGUGAGCACAACGACAUGAUUACUUGUUCUGCUUGUGAGAUUUGUUUGUGGCAUCAUGAAGUCAAACUUUUCUUUGCUAAUAUUGAGGAAUGA